AUGGCCGACGCUUCUGAGUCGGGCAGCUCAACGCCCAACACGUCUCGAUGGACUUCUCAGGCGCAUGCCGUCGAAGAUCGGCUGAAAGAAGAGACAAUUGGACUCGUAACGCUCGAUGACUUCCGCAAGAGACGCGCAGAAGCUCUGGAAGCUGCGCAAGAUGUCGGCGGCAGCGGCGCAACGACACCGGAAGGGCGUGAGACGGCCGCUCCAAGCGCAUUCAAGAAGCGGAAGAAGGGCGUGAAGAAGGGCAUCCUAUCCUUCAACGACGAAGAAGCGGAUGCCGAGACCGAUGAGACCGACACCAAUACGGCGCGGUCCAACACACCUGCCGAGAACAGCAACUCAGACUCGGUGCAGCCAUUCAAGAAGCGUGGUCUGCGCCCAAACGCAACUGUUGCACACCAGCCAAAAGCUCUCACAAAGUCCGCCUUGCUGAAGGAAGCGCAGUUGAAGGAGGCUCUCAGAAAGGAGUACACCCAGAUUCAGGAGGCUGUGAAAGCGACGGAAUUUGUGCUGCCUUUUGUGUUCUACGAUGGAAAGAACGCGCCUGGCGGUAUGUGCCGGAUGAAGAAAGGUGAUCAUAUCUGGUUGUUCCUGGAGCGGGCGAGGAAGGUCGGAGCCGACAGGGCAGACAAGAGUCGGCGCGAUUGGGCGAGAAUAUCCGUGGACGACCUGAUGCUGGUCAAGGGUGAUAUCAUCAUUCCUCAGCACCAGGAUUUCUAUUACUUUAUUAUCAACCAUACGGUUGGUUAUCUUGGGCCAUUAUUCGUCUAUUCCUCCGAGCCGACACCCGCAACACCAAAGAAUCUUUUGCCUUCGUCGACGGAACGUAAGGAUGAAGAAGUGCAAGCGGGGCUCAUGACAGCUGCAGAACGGCGGCAGCAAGCUGCGGCUGCGGCUGUGGUCGGUCUUGACGAUUCAGAGCUGGAAGGCUUCAACGACGAUCCGAACUUGACGAAAGUGGUCGAUCGCCGGUGGUACGAGCGCAACAAGCACAUCUACCCUGCGAGUAGCUGGGAGGAGUUUGACGAGAAGAGGGACUACUCGACCGGUGUGAGAAAAGACAAGGACGGAAACAACAUGUUUUUCUCCAGGGCAAGGUGA